AUGGCUGCCCUUCCCCCGUCUCUCCCAAGCACCUUCAAAGCCAUCAGCUGCGCCGCCCCCCACGCCCCCUGGGACGUCGUCACCCUCCCCCUCCGCGCCCCCGCCCCGACAGAGGUCCUCGUCCGCGUGCACGCCUCGGGCAUCUGCAACUCCGACCACUUCGUCAAGGAGGGCACCUGGCCCGGCCUCGCCUACCCCCGCGUCCCCGGCCACGAGGUCGUCGGCCGCAUCGCCGCCGUCGGCGACGCCCUCGUGAACGCCCGCGGCGCAGGCGACCGCUUCGCCAUCGGCGCACUCGUCGGCGUCGGCUGGAACGGCGGCUACUGCGGCCGCUGCGGCCCCUGCAGACGCGGCGAGUUCUGGACGUGCGACGUCGCCGACGUCACCGGCUUCACCUUCGACGGCGGCCACGCCGAGUACGUCUACGUCCCCGAAACAGCCCUCGUGUCCAUCCCGGAGGAGGCCCUCGAGCACGCCUCGUACGCCGAGCUCGCCCCGCUCUUCUGCGCCGGCGCCACCGUCUUCGACGCCAUCCGCACCUCAAACUGGGUCCCGGGCGACCUCUGCGUCGUCCAGGGCAUCGGCGGCCUCGGCCACCUCGCCGUCCAGUACGCGGCCAAGAUGGGCUUGAAGGUGCGCGCGUCAUCGCCGUCUCCUCCGGCGCCUCCAAACGCGACUUUGCCCUUUCCAUCGGCGCCCACGAAUACAUCGACGCCUCCUCCCCCCCCAUCCCCCUCCUCUUCCUCUUCCACGUCCCCCGCAGACGCCCUCGUCGCGCACCUCCAAUCCCGCGGCGGCGCCCGCCUCAUCGUCUGCACCGCCCCCUACGCAGACCAGAUCAGCGCCCUCCUCCCCGCCGUCGCGAAGAACGGCACCAUCACGCUCGUCUCCGCCGCCACCGACGCGCCCGUGCGCGUGCAGAACUUGCUGCUUAAUAUGCAUCGCGCGACGCUUCGCGGGUGGUGCUGCGGCGCCGCGGCGGAUAUGGAGCAGUGCGUGCGCUUUUCGACGGUUGCAGGCGUCAAGUCCGUCGUGCAGGAGUACUCGCUCGAGCAGUACGCGGCGGCGUACGACGGCGUCAUCGCGAACCGCGCGCGCUUCCGCAACGUCAUCGUCUUCCCUCUGCUGUACUCUGCUGUCUCGGGCGACAACGACCCCUCCCAGCGCAGCACCACGCCCGAUGCCCCGCUCUCCGCGCCGCGCCGCGCCGCGCCCAGCGCGCGCGCCUUCACCCACCCAAUCGGGACGGCCAUCUCACAAGCCGCUCGGUUCUCGAUUCUCGAUUCGCUUUCCGGAGAUCCGCCGGCGGUGGCGGGCUGGUGGCGGCGGCGACGAUCGAGUCUGUAUCGAACCGUUCACGACCGGCCUGCGGAUCUUCGCUGA